CUCCUCCCUGUGACCCCAGUACCAAGUUUACGAGGUGGAUGUAUGCGCAUACUGUGGAUGCCAUGGCUUGAGAGCAUAAAAGCACUCACAAGCUGAUCACAAGUCACACCGCAAUGGCAGAAAAGGGCAACGGCGGGUACAGGGGCAAUGAGGGCAAUCAGGACGAUGACGAGGAGGACCUCAUGUCCUGGGAGGCUCCCAACUACAAGGAUACGUGCUUGUGGCUCAUAGACAAUGGCGAGUCGAUGCACGAAAUCGACCCAGACAGCGGCAAGAGCUACGUACACCGCGCCAUCGAAGUGGCGUGUGCAAUGAUGGAGCACAAGCUCAUCAAGAGUCCACAUGAUCGCAUAGGUAUACUGCUAUUCAAUACGCGCGACACACAGGUGCCCGUAGAGGGAAAGAAGAUGACAUACCAUGGCUGCUACGCCAUUGCUCCUAUUGAGCAAGUAGGCGUGCCACCCGUGGUCAACCUGCGUGAUGACAUCGCAGACGCUAUACGCGAUGGUACGUCGACCUACUGGAAGGAACGCUACCCCAUCGACCAAGGCCAAGUGCGUAUACACUACGCCCUCGGCAAUGCAGAGAGCAUGCUCAAUUCGGCGGGCAAGACUGGGUCUCGCCGCAUCUUCUUUGUCACCAACAACGACGACCCAUAUCGAGGACGAAGCGCAAAGGGAAAGUUGCAGAAGAAUGCACUAGAGAAGAUCAAGGAGAUGAGGAGGCGGGGCAUCGAAUUCGAGGCCUUCCUCAUCAGCACGCCCGGCAAGCCUUUCUCGACAGAUCUCUUCUAUGCUGACCUCUUCCAGGCCUAUGACGAUCAGACAGAGAUGAUGAGGUCCGACCAGAGCUUGACGGGGGGCAACGAUGCCUCUACCGUGCGCAAGUCCAACUGGAAUGCAUUUGAGAAGUUUGACGACCUGGAGAAGGAUGCAGGGUCAAAGGAGAUGCCCAAGCGCGUCGUCUUCCGUGUGGGAAUGGAGCUGGCGGACGGUCUCACCAUCGGCGUGGCAGGCUACAACACUGUUAGCAAGCUCACAAAAGGCAAUCCUGUCAAGGUUUACCGAGAGGACGAGGACUCGAUCUGGCGUGAGGUCAUAGCAGAGAGCCAUCUACAGUGUAGAGAGACCGGGGCACUGCUCAACCCAGCAACGCAAGUGUACCAUGCCUUCAGUCUCGGCUUCGACACUACGCCCCGCAACGUGGUUCGCUUCUCACCCGAGGAGAUCAACGACCUGAAAACGUCCGGCUUGAAGCCUGGCCUCAAAGUUCUAGGAUUCAAGGAUCGUUCCGUCCUUAGAUUCUGGGAGAAUGUCAAACAUGCCAUCUUCAUCUUCCCGACUGAAGCAGAGUACCUCGGUUCUCAACGCGCCUUUGCCGCCUUGCUCAAAGCUAUGAUCUCAAAGGACAAGAUGGCCAUUGGAGUCUUUAUGCCUCGAGACAAUUCCAUUCCAGAAUUUGUCGCAAUCCUACCACAGGCAGAGGAGCGCAAUGAAGAAGGCAUGCAAGUCGAGCCACCGGGGAUGUACCUCAUCCCUUUACCCUUUGCAGACGACAUCCGUGAGAUGCCCGAUGAAUAUUCCUCCAAUCUACAGGCCAGUACAGAGCAAGUGGAAGCAGCAGCUAGGAUCGUCAAGAGUUACACCCGAAAUGCUGCCUUCAAUCCAGACUUUUUCCCCAAUCCCGCCCUGACACACCACCACGAGGCGCUCAAGGCAGUAGCAUUUGGAGUGGACAUUAAGCAACCCGUGGACAGGACACUGCCGGAUUAUGAGGGUAUUGCGAAGCGUGCUGGACCACUCGUAGAUGCAUGGGAUGAGCUCUGCACCAAAGAUCAGCGACUCACCGCCUCUGCCUCGGCCGGGGGUAUUGAGCUAAGCGACAAGAAGCGUGCACCAGUGUAUGACGCGAGUGCCGAGGAAGAAGCAUUGAACCUGCACGCUAAAGGUCAAUUGGACAAGAAGACGCUCGAAUGGCUCAAGAUUGCCUUGGACUAUUAUCGACUGCCCAAGAGUGGUAAAAAGGCUGAGCUUGUAGAGAGGAUGGCCUUGCAUUUGGAUAAAGUCAUGGCGCUUAAGCAGGGGAGGGGACAAUGAGUGAGGCGAAGAGUCUUUCGAGGCGGAAGGUGUAUAGUGCCAGAUCCAUACAGGUCAGAUGGACAGUGUAGUGUAAUGUAGCGCCAGACGGGCGUAGAAUUUAAAGUUGGGUUGAAUUGACUAGCAGAUGACAAUGACUCGGGCGAAACUUCGCCUCUGUGUCCGGUGUCCAUCCGGCCAUCAUCGGAUGCCUUUACUCCUCAUCAUCGCUCCGUAAGCUACGUCCACUAUCAACGCUCAUCCCGUCAUCCAUCUCCGCUUCUCCUUCUGAAUCCUCUAGAUCCUCCCCGCCAGGAGCUUCUAAACUUUCUUCGGAGCCCAUCUCACUGUCACUCUCGCUCUCACUGUCACUCUCACUCCCACUGUCGUCCGCCUCGCCAUUCAUCAGAGCGUCCUGCUCUUCCAUUUCCCCCUUGACCGCAUCUCCACCCUGAUCAGCAUCAGCAAGGGCGUCUCCCAUAAGCCUGACAGUGUACUC